AUGCAGGCCUCCAUAAGAGCGGGACAGAUACUAAGGGACCGCUUGGGAUUUCAAGCCGGGAGUAAUAUCGUGAAUUGGGAGAGGAUCCUUCAAGACGACGACGAUAAUGGGAUCGAGGAAGUUCAAAGGUUCGAAUACGAGCAGCAGCUGGAUCGUGCGUUUCUGUCAAAGAGUUCUAUAAUCGGUCUCGGUUUUGCACUGAUGAGUCCCGUCCUGGGCAUGAGCACGACUAUAAGCAUAGGUCUGAACAAUGGCGGACCUUUUACUAUAGUAAUGGGAUUUAUAAUAUGCGGGUUUGCCACUUGGCUGUGCUCUCUAUCACUUGGUGAGAUCGUAUCGCGAUUCCCGAUGGAACUUCACGGCAGUAGCGCUAUGCUGGCUCCCAAAAACUACAAAUUAUGCUGCUCUUGGUUUACAGGGUGGCUUAUGCUUCUUGGGAAUUGGACUAUGAGCACCAGUAUCACCUUCGCAGGCGCACAGCUUGCUAUUUCACUCAUUAACAUGUCCCAUUCAGGGUUAAUAAGGGAAGAUUUGAUCAUGUUCUUUACGGUUGUGGCAUUCUACCUCAUCGUCAGUGUGGUGGGACUCAUAAAUAUCAAGUUUGCGGGUAUCAUUGAAACGGUGAACAAGGUUUGCGUAUACUGGAUCAUCUACGCCGUGAUAUUCAUUGACAUUUUACUUCUGCUGUUUCACUCUGGCUCCUACAGAUCUCUUAAAUACGCCCUCACUCAUUUCGACAAUUCACGCUCAGGGUACGCUAGUUCGGCCUUGUCGUUCAUGAUAGGGUUUCAGCAGUCAAAUUUCACACUUCAAGGAUUCAGUAUGCUUCCAGCAUUGGCCGAUGAAGUGAAACAACCGGAGCGGGAUAUUCCCAAGGGUAUGUCGACUUCUGUCCUUAUAUCCACUUUCGUGGGCAUCGUUUUCCUCUUUCCUAUCAUGCUUAUCCUGCCAGAUCUUCAAACGAUAUUCAACGAUCCCACAGUGAUGCCAAUUGUUUUAAUAUUCACCAAUUCGACUCACUCAAUGUUUGUCUCAAUCUUUCUGGUCAUCAUGAUUUUGGGCAACUUAUUCUUCUCAGGCAUUGGUUCGAUGACAACAUCAUCUCGUGCAGUGUACAGUAUGAGCCGUGACAUGGCAUUACCAUUUAGUGCCACUUGGUCUCAUGUAGACGCCAGUUCAAAGCAUAAAGUUCCUACGAACUCAAUUCUUUUGAGCAUGGGAGUAUCCUACCUUCUGGGCAUUUUAGCACUGGUCUCGACUACAGCAUUCAAUGCUUUCAUGGGCGCUGCCGUUUUGUGUCUGUGCUCUGCUACAUGCAUUCCCUUGAUUUUGGUAAUCGUUUCGCGCCGAAAGGCCUUACGCGGCUCACCAAUCAAAGUUAGGUACGGCCUAGGUUGGCUUGUGAAUCUUUCGAGUAUAUGCUGGCUACUUUACACAAUGGUAGUGAUCUGUCUGCCGCCUAAAGUGCCGGUUACGUUCGCAACAAUGAACUACGCCUUCGUGGUAUAUUUGUUGUUUGUGGGCGGGAUAACAGCGUUAUACUUCCGGUGGGGUAAAGACCAUUUCAGACUUCCAUUGGUCGAAGGUGACUCAAAAACGGACAUUUCUGAAGAUACCAUCGCUCUGCAGGAGCUGCAAGCUUCUAAGUAG